CAAAAAAGCACCGUAGAACGUGAGCUUGUGGCCGCUGUGGCCAUAGAUGGAUAAAAAGCCCGCGCGCGCCGCCUGCUGCAGUUUUGAAGGGCUGGAGCACGGUUGUUCAAUCCUGCGAGGAGGCUGUGGGGGCACCGAGUGAUCACGCGCCAUGGGACGAGCACUGCUCCUGCUGCUGCGCCUAACGACAGCCCUCAACCCCUUGCAAAAACUGCUCGUCGAGGGCGAGCUGCGGCGGCGGCCCGACUGGGUCGACGGGAGCGCCGCGCAAGUCGCGCCGCGCGUCUGGCGCUGGGUCGCGGAGGCCGACGACGCCGUGCUGGCGCUGCCCGAGCUCUCCGAGGCCGACGCGCGCCGCCUCGCGGCGAGCCUCGAGGCCGCCGGGGCCGCGGUGGAGGCGUCCGCGACGCGGCGGGUCCCGACGCUGACGAAGCGCCGCGCGCUCCCGCCGGCGGCAGACGACGAGGUGGAGACGGCGGACGCGUGCCGCCGGCGGACGGAAGCCUUCGUGGCCCGCGUCCUCGUGGGUCUCCGCCAGUGCCCCUUCACGGCGUCGCCGCGCGAGGCCGGCGUCGGCCUCGAGGAGUUUGAUGUGCACGGCGCGCCGAUCCUCUACGCGCAUUCUAGAUGUACGUCGGCGCCGCGGCUCGUGAGCGACGUCUGGACUACAAUAGGCGAGUUCCUCGCGCAAGGCGAGGCGGCGUACAGCUCCGUGCUCUUGACCGCGCCGGCCUUCGACGAGGACCUGGAGACGUGGGUCGAGGCUGUCUUCCCGCUCCUCGAGGAGUCGCUCGUCGCGGCGCGCGUGUCGCGCGAUAUUGGUAUUGUCUGCUUCCACCCGCGCUACGAGACGCCUUCCGAAAAAUGGCUCGCGACGCACCGCUUCGGCCACAUGUACGCGCCGACGACGCUGCGGCGGUACUGCGCCGAGGCGGGCGCGGAGGACCUCGCGGCGCUGCCGGACGACGAUCUCCGGUACUACGGCAGCUACAUGCGGCGGAGCCCCCACGCGACGAUCAACGUCCUCUGGUCGCGCCAGCUCGCCGCGGCCGAGCGGCGGCGCGAGAGCGCGGGCUUCUACGCGCGGAACCUGCGGCGGCUCGCCGACACCGGGCGCGCGCGGCUGGAGGAGGCGGCGGCGGGGGAGCGUGUUACGUAAACCUUACCCCUCCCCGAGAUAGU